UCGAUGCCCGAUGGGUAUCUGCGACGCCCCUGCGACUUUCCAACGGGCUAUGAACAUGGCUUUUCAUAAUUUUGUACGGAAGACUCGCCUGGCGCAGAGCAUCAUCAACUACUGCGUGAUCGUGUACAUGGAUGACAUCCUGGUGUAUUCGAGCUCCUACGAGGGACACGUGCCGCACAUCGAAUGGGCACUGCAUGCGUUACGAGAUGCCGACUUCAAGGUGGCGCUUGAGAAGUGUCAUUUUUUCCUCACCACCAUUUCUUUCCUGUGGCACGUGGUGACAGACAAGGGACUCCAACCGGAGCCGCAGAAGGUGGCAGUUGUCAGGGACGCGCAAGUGCCUACCACUAUCAGGCAAGUUCACGCCUUUCUGGGCCUAGCCUCGUAUUACCGAAGAUUUAUCAAGGGUUUCGCGACGAUUGCGGGACCCCUCACAAAUCUCCUGCGCAAGGAUCAGCCGUUGAUCUGGACGCCGGAGUGCGAUCAAGCGUUUUCCAAACAAAAGGCUGCCCUCGUUUCGGCUUCUAUCCUUAUAGAACCGGAUCCCGAAAAGCCUUUUGUUCUCAUCACCGACUGGCAGCCAGAGGCGAUUUCGGCGAUCCUUGCCCAUGUACAAGUAAAGUGGACGGGCACUAUCGAGCACCCCACGUGGAUCGAGAAGCCGGAGCUGCUGAUCAUACAGGGUUGGAGGAUUAACGCGGAAGGAGAUCUUAUUGGAUUCCUCUUUGGAUCAGUACGACCGGGUCGCCGUCAGUUGAUUGCACAGGAACUCAUCGCACAAAUCGUGCAAUUGGCUGACGAUCUCUCGCCCGACAUCUACUUUCAGAGCGACAACAAUCCUGCUCCGUACAUUUUCGAGCGAUCCUUGGAUCCGUACCUUCAGUGGACUUCGUGCUUGGAGGAACCUAUGGACGAGGAUACGCUACCAUCGCGGCAGGAGUAUCUGAAGCCGUACGAGAUCAUCCCUUCCGCCUUCUACGCGAGGGCAGAAGAAGUGGUGAUUGACGACGACCACGACGAAGAAGAAGACGACGACGAGGAGACAUCGGAGGAGGGAAGCUAUAGUGAACAUAGCGAAGGCGAGCUGAGUGAGGAGGAAGAUGAAGAAGAAGGAACCGGGUCCGAGUGGGAAGCCCCGUCGGAGGAAGCGACGCGUACGGGAAUAGAGGCGGAAGAUCCGGAAGCGGCGCGAAAGCGCGAAGAGAUUGCCUCCGGAAAGCGCCAGUCGGAGUUCGCUAGCAAGGCUAGCCUGCACAUCGGUAGCGAUCCGACUAGGGAUCCAGAGCCGCCGAGGCCCGAAGAUGGCGACCCUGCAGCCGCCACCUCAAGUACCGCGCGACGGAGACGACGCCGAUCCCCCUCCUCCUCCAGCCCCACCCGUCCCCCAGUUCGCCCAUGUACCAAUGCGGGCGAUAGGCCUUCGACCUCAGACGCUGUCCCGCCGACCCCUUGAUUUCCUCACCCUCGAGCAGAUCCAUACU